AUGAGUGGUAAGUUUGUGCGUGCUUCCAAGUACAGACACGUCUUUGGUCAGCCGGCCAAAAAGGAGCUGCAAUAUGAGAACGUUAAAGUUACGAACAACGCUUGGGACUCUAAUAUCAUUAAGACCAAUGGAAAGUUUAUCUCAGUAACUUGGAAUGCUUCUGGUGGUGGUGCUUUUGCUGUUAUCCCUGUUGAGGAGGUUGGUAAAAGUCCAGAUCAGGUUCCAUUAUUCAGAGGACACACCGCGCAAGUACUAGACACAGACUUUGACCCAUUUAACGAUCAUAGAGUUGCAUCUGGUUCGGAUGACUGUAAAAUUGGUAUCUGGGAUAUUCCAGAAGGCUAUUCGUUCCGUAAUCAUAUCGAUGAAAACGGAGACGUUAUUGAUAUUCAACCUACCAAAAUGUUAACUGGGCACUCGAGGAAAGUGGGUCAUGUACUUUUCCAUCCUGUUUCUCAGAAUGUUUUGGCUUCAUCUUCUUUGGACUAUACCGUGAGAAUAUGGAAUGUCGAGACCGGUGAAAACCUAAUCACCCUAAAGCAUCCUGAUAUGGUGACCUCCAUGUCCUUCUCAUAUGAUGGUAACCACUUAGCUACUGUUGCUCGUGACAAGAAACUAAGAGUUUGGGAUAUUAGAAACAACAAGAUUGUGAGUGAGGGCCUGGCGCAUGCUGGUGCCAAAAACCAAAGAGUUGUUUGGCUGGGAAACUCUGAUAGACUUGCUACUACUGGUUUUUCAAAAUUAAGUGAUCGUCAAAUAGGUAUCUGGGAUGCCUUUAAUUUGGAAAAGGGUGACCUGGGUGGGUUUUACACUGUGGACCAAUCUUCUGGUAUACUAAUGCCAUUCUAUGAUCCUGAUAACAAGAUUCUUUAUCUUGCCGGUAAAGGUGAUGGUAAUAUUCGUUACUAUGAGUUCCAAAACGAUGAGCUAUUUGAACUUUCCGAAUAUCAAUCCACCGAGCCUCAAAGAGGCUUUGCCGUAGCACCUAAGCGCAUGGUUAAUGUGAGAGACAACGAAGUCUUGAGAUGCUUCAAGACUGUGGUUGACCAGUACAUUGAGCCUCUCUCAUUCUACGUUCCAAGAAGAUCAGAAGAGUUCCAGGAGGAUAUCUAUCCUGCUGCGCCCUCCGACAAACCUGCAUUAACAGCGGAAGAAUGGUUCUCUGGUAAGUCUGUAGAUGGACCUAUCCUGGUUGAUAUGAAGAACAUUUAUGAAGGUUCUGAACCAACCUUCAAGGAGUCUAAAAAGGAGAAUAAGCCAGUUUCCAGUACCCCUCUAAAGGAAGAGAAGAAAGCUCAGGAACAAAUCGAGAAACCAGUCGAGAGAUCAGUCGAGAAACCAGACGAGAAAUCAACUGUCACAGAGAAAGAGGCCACUAAUGAGCAAAGAAAUGUCUCGACAGCCUCCCAAAAACCAUCGUCAAUCAACACUUCUCUUAAAUCUGACGAUUCUGUUGAUAAGCUACUGAAAAAGGCAUCUACUUUCGACAAGGCCAACGAUGCAGAAGAUCCGUCAAAGGAAACAUCUGGUUGGGAUGAAGAAGACGAAAAACCAGCACCGGUUGAAAUUAACAAAACUAAAGAACUCUCAAAGGGUACAAAUGGUACGAAGGAAAAUUCUGCAGCUCAGUCUCCUCAAAAAUCAACAGGUUCGUCUAUCUCAACUGCUACUUCGACAGUACCUUCCACUGCACCUUCAACUGCCACUGAGCAAGCUGUACCAGCUGCGAAAACUGAGGCGGCGGUUACCACUGCGGCUGCCAGCAGCUCAGGGAAAUCUCUUGGCCUCAAACAAUCAGUAGAAAAGCUAUCCGGAUUGGUAGUGACUUUGGAAGAAAUCGUUGAGAAACUAGUCCAUUCAAACCUCGAGAAGGAUGAACGCCUGCAAAGAUUGGAGCUCAAAAUUGAAGAACUAGCUGGUAGAAACUAA